AUGACCCUGCCAGUAAUUGACGAAGUCCCUCCUUUGGACGGAUCCAUCAACGUCCUGCCUGGCUUCGUCGACUUCCAUGCGAACCACAACCCGGACCGACCUCUCUUCGUCUUCCCGUACCCAAACCUCACCUCUGACGAAGUUCGCUCAGUGUCUUUCCUCGAGUUUGCGCAGGCCACCCACCGAAUCGCACACGCCUUCCGUCCGAAGCGCGAAGGCCCAGAGGGCGCAGUCGUCGCGAUCGUCGCGAAUGUCGACACGAUUUUGUACCAUGCGAUCCUUGCGGGGCUCGCCAGAGCAGGGUGUGUGCCCUUUCCUAUGUCUCCGCGCAACCCCGCGAUCGCGAUCGCGAGCAUGAUGAAACACGCGCAAUGCCACCGCAUCAUCUCGCAGCCCGCGUUCGCCGAGCUCAUGGCUGGCGUGCGCGGCGAGCUUCCGCCUGACUACGCUGUGCAAGUCGACGAGCCGCCCGCGCUCGCAUCCAUCUUCCCCGCGCUCGCUCCGUCCUCAAACGCGUCCCUGCGCGUGCCGGAGCGCUACCCGCCGCCGCCGCACGAGCCCGAGCCAACCUCCCUCGCUUUGUAUUUGCAUUCCUCCGGAUCCACGGGCCAUCCGAAACCAGUCCCGCUAACACACGGGUUCGUUCGCCAAUGGUGCACCCUUCCGAGUAUCGUCGGUGGUCGCCUACGGCGCCACUGCUAUGGUUCACACCCACUCCCGUCGUUCCACACCAUGGCCGUAGCAGUGCAGCUGUUUGGACCGCUUGUGUCGGGGUACCCUACGAUCACGUUCCCACCAAAUGGGCUACAGGGCGCUCCGCCCGUCGUGCCGACCCCGCAGAAUACGCUGGAGACUGCGAGGAAGGUAGGGUGCAACAUCAUGCUGUGCGUGCCGGCGUUCUUAGAGGCUUGGGCGAACAGCGACGACGACAUCGAGUACCUGAAGACGAUGCAGACCAUAAUAGUCGCAGGCGGCCCUCUGUCGAAAGUUAACGGAGAUAAGCUUGUCGCGCGGGGCGUCCGCCUCACCGCCGGCUAUGGCACGACAGAGAUCGGUACCGUCAGCGCCUCGGAUCCUCUCAUUGGUAAGACCGCUGAGGAAUGGGACUGGAUGUUUUUCCCGGAGGACAUCGUGAAGACGAGAUGGGUGGAUCAGGGUGAUGGCACGUAUGAGUUGCAACUUCUGAAUUGUCCGACACAUCGCCCCGCCGUGCAGAACUUGCAGCUACCGAAUGGAGAGCGCGGCUACUCUACCUCUGACCUGUGGAUCCCUCACCCAACCAAGCCCGGUCUCUGGAAAAUAGUGGGACGCAAUGACGACGUGAUCGUACUUGGCUCUGGGGAGAAGACUGUCCCGAUCCAGCUCGAAGGGCACGUCGGCGCGCACCCGCUCGUCGGCGGCGCCGUCGCGUUCGGGCGUGGCCACCAGCAGAUCGGCGUCCUCGUCGAGCCGAAGGCCGGGUACGGGGUCGACCCAGCCGACUCGGCCGCCGUCGCCGACUUCAGAAAUGCGAUUUGGUCGCGCGUCGAAGAGGCAAAUCAUAACUUGCCUGCAUUCUCGCGCGUGUUUAAGGAGAUGAUCCUAGUCUCUGACCCGACUCGUCCUCUCCCUCGCGCGGGGAAGGGCACCAUUCAACGGAAGAAGGCGCUCGAGCUAUACGCUCAUGAUAUCGAAAAAUUGUACAAAACGGUCGAGGAGAGCUCAAAUGCCCACGGAGUCGCGCCGCCGCCGUCGUGGUAUGUCAAGGACGUACAGAGCUGGCUGGCGGAGCACGCUGCGGGUAUCAAUGACGAGAGGGUGGUGGAUCCUGACAGGGACUUAUUCGAGCAGGGCUUCGACAGCUUGAGCGCGACUUUCCUCCGAAACCGCAUCAUCGGGACCCUCCGCGAGUCGUCCGACGACGCUAUCAACACAACUGCGCGGCAUGUCCCCCAGAACUUCAUAUUCCAGCACCCUACGCUUUCAUCGCUCGCGGAAGCCGUCGCUGCACUCGUGCGCUCGGACGACUCCGUGGUGCAGUCGCCCUCUGAGGAGAUCGAGGCGACGAUAGAGAAGUACACCGCGCUGCUGCCGGCGCGUGCGCCAGAGGUGGCCACGGUGGGCGAUGGUGAGCGUGUUGUGCUUCUUACCGGGACGACGGGCAACCUCGGUGCGCAUGUGUUGGCGUUGUUGCUGAGCGAGGAGAGGACCAAACGCGUAUAUGCUCUGAACCGUGGGAGCGGGCUCAUGCAUCGCCAGAGGGCCGCUUUCGAUGCCGCACAGCUGCCUCUGGAGCUGUUGAACCACCCGAAGCUAACACUGCUCUCUGUCGACUAUACACGGGAUGACCUGGGCUUGUCACAAGACAAUGCGAAUGAGAUCCAACAGGUGGUCACGCAUAUCGUACACAGCGCCUGGCGCGUGGACUUCAACCUCGCCUUGACGUCCUUCGGGACGCAAAUAGCCAGUGCGAUCCGGUUGUUGGCUCUCGCACCGGCAGCGCACUAUCUAUUCACGUCUUCCGUGUCUGCUGCCAGCGGAUGGAACGUGAAGGAAGACAACCACGGUGCACAUGUCCCAGAAGCUGCUCUGCAUGACUCCAGCAUCGCAGCGGCUACCUCUGGCUAUGGUAUGUCUAAGUACGUCGUCGAAGAGGUUCUGGCGAGGGCACACCAGAGAGGGUUGAAGACGACCUCGUUGCGCAUCGGACAGAUCUCAGGCUCGUCUAAGGGCGGCGUAUGGAACGCCUCAGAGUGGGUACCGAACAUCGUCAAGUCGAGUCUCGCAUUGGGUGCUUUACCCGAUGCAGGAAGUGUCGUCUCGUGGGUACCGAUGGACGCCGUGGCACGCGUUGUUGUCGACGUUGUGCUCGGGCGGGAGGCACCCGAACUGAUCAACGUCGUUCACCCGCGUCCCGUCGAAUGGUCCGCCGUGUUCGGAGCGAUGCAGGCCGAGCUCAGGUAUGGAGCAGUGACAAGCCCAUUCAUACCUUUUGGUGAGUGGGUCAUGAGACUGGAAGCUGUCGCAGCCUUGAAUACCUCCGCGUCGCAUCUGGAGAGGAUCCCCGGUAUCAAGCUGCUUGAUUACUAUCGCACCGUGAUUCACGCGGAGGCGCAAGCAAAGCGAGACGGCGUGGACGGCUGCGAGGCGGGCGGUCUCCCGUUCUUCGAGACAAGCAAGGCAUGUAGCGUCAGCAAGACCCUCGCAGAGCUCCCUCCGCUCGGCGCGCAAGACGCGAGAGCAUGGGUGAUUUAUUGGAAGUCAAUCGGUUUUUUGCCAUGA